AUGUCCUCUGAACAACCCUCACAAGCGCUACCCAGCGAACCUGAAGCCCCGAGUGAAGUCCGUGAAGACUGUGAAGACCGUCAGUACAGCGAAGAUGAUUCCAAAGUCGCACGUCCCAAGUCCCUCCCCAGCGAGGUCCUCUUUGUCGCCAUCAUCUGUUCCUCGCAGCUUCUCACUCAAGCCGGCCUUGCCCUCAGCAUCGUCCCUCAACACAUCAUCGGACGCUCCUUUGACAUCGACGACCAGCCUGGCAAGCUGAGCUGGUUCUCCUCUGGAUACUCUCUCACCGUCGGCACCUUCAUCCUCAUCGCAGGCCGCUUCGGUGAUGUCUUUGGGCACAAGCCGUUCUUCGUAGGCGGCUAUGUCUGGUUUGCCUUAUGGUCUUGUCUCGCCGGUGUUGCUGUGUAUAGCGGCCCCGGCUUCUUCAUCUUUUGCCGUGCCAUGCAGGGAAUCGGCCCGGCUUUCCUACUCCCCAACGCCAUCGCUAUUGUCAGUCGCUGCUACGAACCGGGCCUUCGUCAAAACAUGAUUUUCUGCCUGUUCGGGGCCACUGCUCCUGGCGGCUUUUUGCUUGGUGCUGUCUUCUCCAGUCUGAUUUCUCAGAGACUCUGGUGGCCUUGGUCGUAUUGGGUCCUGUGCUUUGCGUGCCUCUUGCUGGCUGUCUUGGGCUUCUUCGCGAUUCCCGCAACCCCAGCCCCGAGAACCCCAGAGUCUGAAAGCUCCAGUGUCUGGAAGCGCGUCGAUGUCGGGGGCUCCGUCACCGGUGUAGCCGCCCUCGUCCUUUUCAACUUUGCCUGGAACCAAGGCCCCGUGGUCGCCUGGACGACACCAUAUACCUACUUCAUCAUGAUCAUCGGCAUCCUCGUCUUUAUCGUCUUCGUCCUGAUCGAGAAGAGAGCAAGCCACCCGCUGAUUCCCUUCGGCGUCCUGCGCAUCGAUUCCGUCUUCACUCUGGCCUGCAUCGGCGCCGGCUGGUCCAGCUUUGGCAUUUUCGUCUUCUACACGCUGAACCUCCUCGAGGUCCUCAGGGAGCAAACGCCCCUUCUCACAUCUGCACAAAUGACGCCUAUCGCCAUAAGCGGGCUAUUUGCUGCGGGCGCCACGGGCCUACUUCUAAACAAUUUCCGCGCGUCGACAGUUAUGCUGGUCUCCAUGACCUUCUUCCUCAUCGGGGGUGUCAUCUUCGCGACGCUGCCUGUGGACCAGAUCUACUGGGCGCAGACGUUCGUGGGGAUCAUUGUCCUUCCAUGGGGCAUGGAUUCGUCGUUUCCCGCUGCCACGAUUAUCCUGAGUCGAGCUAUGCCGCGCGAGCAUCAGGGUCUGGCUGCGUCGCUGGUGACUACAUUUGUCAACUAUUCCAUCUCCAUUGGGCUUGGUUUUGCCGGUACUGUCGAGAGCCAGGUCAAUGGUCAAGGGAAGAAUGUCUUGCAGGGCUACCGAGGGGCGUUUUACAUGGGAGUUGGGCUCGCCGGGUUAGGUGUAGUUGUUGCCCUGCUUUUCUGUUUUGCGGAACGGUUUCAUAUCAAGAUAGAAAGGGUGCAAGAAAAGACCAAUUCGCAGGAAACGCUGGUUUAG